AGUGGAAGAGGCAGAGGGAAAAGAAGAGCGCUUCAGGCCUUUGGAUCCCAGGAUGCUGAAGUAGAUCCAUGAGUGAAUAAACUUAGGGCACAUUUGGAAGAUGCACGAUGAUUCUGUUCUUAUGACAGCCAAUAUUUCUCUUUCUCUUUUCUUUAGUUGGAGAACACCAACUGACAGGCCAUAAAGUGGCAGUUAAGAUCUUAAAUAGACAGAAGAUUCGCAGUUUAGAUGUUGUUGGAAAAAUAAAACGAGAAAUUCAAAAUCUUAAACUCUUUCGUCAUCCUCAUAUUAUCAAACUAUACCAGGUGAUCAGCACUCCAACAGACUUUUUCAUGGUAAUGGAAUAUGUGUCUGGAGGCGAAUUAUUCGACUACAUCUGUAAACAUGGGCGGGUUGAAGAGGUGGAGGCGCGGCGGCUCUUUCAGCAGAUUCUGUCUGCUGUGGAUUACUGUCACAGGCAUAUGGUUGUCCACCGGGACCUGAAACCAGAGAACGUACUGCUGGAUGCUCAGAUGAAUGCUAAGAUAGCUGACUUUGGAUUAUCUAAUAUGAUGUCAGAUGGUGAAUUUCUACGAACAAGCUGUGGUUCGCCAAAUUAUGCAGCACCCGAGGUCAUCUCAGGAAGGCUAUAUGCGGGUCCCGAGGUUGAUAUCUGGAGCUGUGGUGUUAUCCUGUAUGCCCUUCUCUGUGGCACCCUCCCCUUUGAUGAUGAGCACGUGCCUACACUUUUUAAGAAGAUCCGAGGGGGUGUGUUUUAUAUCCCAGAGUAUCUCAACCGUUCUGUUGCCACUCUACUGAUGCACAUGCUGCAGGUGGACCCCUUGAAGCGGGCAACUAUCAAAGACAUCCGAGAACAUGAAUGGUUUAAACAGGAUUUGCCCAGUUAUCUAUUUCCUGAAGACCCCUCCUAUGAUGCUAACGUCAUUGAUGAUGAGGCUGUGAAAGAAGUAUGUGAAAAAUUUGAGUGUACAGAAUCAGAAGUAAUGAACAGUUUAUAUAGCGGUGAUCCUCAAGACCAGCUUGCAGUGGCGUAUCAUCUUAUCAUUGACAAUCGGAGAAUAAUGAACCAAGCCAGUGAGUUCUACCUCGCCUCUAGUCCUCCAACUGGUUCUUUUAUGGAUGAUAGUGCCAUGCAUAUCCCCCCAGGCCUGAAACCACAUCCUGAAAGGAUGCCACCUCUUAUAGCAGACAGCCCCAAAGCACGGUGUCCAUUGGAUGCACUGAACACAACUAAGCCCAAAUCUUUAGCUGUGAAAAAAGCCAAGUGGCAUCUUGGAAUCCGAAGCCAGAGCAAACCGUAUGACAUUAUGGCCGAAGUGUACCGAGCUAUGAAGCAGCUGGAUUUUGAAUGGAAGGUAGUGAAUGCCUACCAUCUUCGAGUAAGAAGGAAAAACCCAGUGACUGGCACUUAUGUGAAAAUGAGCUUGCAGCUCUACCUGGUUGACAAUCGGAGCUAUCUUUUAGACUUCAAAAGCAUUGAUGAUGAGGUUGUAGAGCAGAGGUCUGGUUCUUCAACACCUCAGCGCUCCUGUUCUGCUGCUGGCCUGCACAGACCAAGGUCAAGUUAUGAUUCCACCACAGCUGAGAACCAUUCACUUUCUGGUUCUCUCACUGGCUCUUUGACUGGAAGCACUUUGUCUUCAGCUUCCCCCCGCCUGGGCAGUCACACCAUGGAUUUUUUUGAAAUGUGUGCCAGUCUGAUCACUACGCUAGCUCGUUGAUAAUCUACCACUGGUUUCUGUCUUUCUGUUACUGCACUGUGAAAAUCACAUAUACUCUUUAAAUUAUUAUCUCACUUUUGGGUAUUACAUACUCUGCAAUAUAAAUUGAUGUGAAUAUUCCCAGGUGACAUGCAGUGUAUUGGAAUUACCGAAAACACAAAAGUCUGGCAUUUUGUUUACUUUUAGAACUAUUAUUCUACUGUGCCUAUGAUAAAUUCGAGUAGGUAGUAGUACCUUUAAUGGAUGAAUGUUGAUGUUCGCUAGUUUAUACUUGUGAGUUCACUACACAUGACUAGCACACUUCACUGAUGAACCAGCUAACUUAGGAGUGGUUUGGUGGUACCUCCUUCCUUCAUGUUUAGUGCACAGAAAUUCAGUUUGCUUCAGUUUCAGAAGGUGUUUAGACGAUCUAGGCACCCAGCUUUCUUGCACAAGACGAUUAAGAAAUAGUGUUAGUCAAAUAUUAUGUAAGUAUAGAAAUCUGAAAGUCCUGUCCCCCUAAAUACUAGAAACCAGGUUCUUUUUAAUGGUUUCUGCUAAUAUUGCCUAUUAUUAGCGAGGAAGACUGUGUUUCUGUUAACAGAUGCCCAGUCUCCAGGCUUUUAACAUUUGUUCAGGGCCCCCAGUUAACUCCUACCACCACCACCAAGCAAGACAAAACCAUGCAAAAAUAGUACACAGUUAAAUGAAACAAGGCAAAAUACCAACAGCCCCUUGAAGGAAAUUCUACUCUGACCCUCUGUUUUGUGUUUAUGGGCCUGGAGUAUGUUGGGAGGACCAGGAGGUAAUGGCCCUGUGACAUCUUUGCUAAUUCACCUGAGGUUUAAGUUGUUAUUGAUGCCACCUCCUUCCUUAAUAGCCAUUGUCUUUGUUCAUUGUUUUUUAAUCUUUCAGUUGAAAACCCUGCUUUGUCCAUAGGACCUUUGUGUACUUCCAAAGCUUGAUCUGCUGUGACCUUCACUGUUGAACCUGAUUGGACAGGGAAGCCUUAAACAUUUAAAAGUAUAGUCUCCUGGAAUAAGUAUAUGUGUUGUUUACAUAUAUACAUGUAUGUAUUGACACAUCAGUACUUUCAAUCAAGGUUUUUUAAUUUAAGAUAAAAAACACUAUUUAGCAGGAUAAAGUUAAUUGAUUAUAUUUUCUUUUAGUAAAAGUAUUUUAAAAUUAUGUAUAACUUAUCUAAUAAUGUAUUUAUUCAUUUAUUGUAUUUAUGUUGUGAUUAACAAAUCAUUGACCUGAUUUACCCUAGAAAACAUUAAGCUCUUGAUAAUGAAAGCAACAUUGCCUUGACAGGUUUCUCUUCACCAAAAAUGGUUUGUUUUCUAUCUACCAAGAAGAGCAAAUGAGAGCAUUAGACUAAAAUUCUCAUGUGUUUAUGGAAGACAAGUUUGUCUGUCUUUAAAUAGCUUUUUGAAUCAUUCGUUUACAUCAUAAUGCAUCAGAUAAUUUUGUAGUUUUUUUUUUUUUUUUUUUUUUUUUUUUUUUUUUUUUUUUUAGAAAAUGAUGGUCAGUACUUAUCACCCCAACUUCUUAAUAUCAAAAUAAAGGACCUUUGUUCUCCAAUUUGAGAAAGUCAGUAGUGUACAAUUAAGGUAGCUUAGGUUUUUAAUCUUUGAAAGAUUGCCAUCUUGUGGCAAUAGACAGUAAUUUUUAGUAGUUAUUUUAAUAGCAAUUUUAGUGAAUUUGAUGUUAGAAGCUUGCACAUAGCAAAAUUAUUUUGUUUGAGUGAUUAUGAUGCUAUUCAAGAGCAAAAAAAAUUUACUAUUGUCCUAUUUAUUCCAAUGUUUAAUCAAUAUCCAGGUUGACAGUUACCUGUUGAAUUUCAGAAGAACUGAAGGUCAUCAUUUUGUUUCUUUUCUUUUAACAUCUUAAAACGUAAUUGUUUUAUGAAUCUAGGUGAUAGAGUAAAUUGGUUUGCAGAGAUAAUUAAGUGACUCAUCUAGCAAAAUAGAAACUAGGACUUUGUGAUAGCACAGUUUUUGUUGUUGUUGUUGUUAUUGCUCUUGGCAACAGAGAAGGAAAGAAUUCUUUGCAAAUUUAAAAUUUCUACAUUUCAGUCAACAUUGGAUAUAGUAGGUAGUGAGUUCAUAGCAGGCUCUCCUCUUGGAUUCUAGGGAGAAUUACUGUUAGGUUAUAGAUGUGGGCCUCGUUUAUGUCCUGGAAAUGGACUCCACCUGGCUCUAAAAUAGUAUUUCCUAAAACAAAGAAAUCCCUUGGAAUAAUUUUGGAAAAUGUUGUGUUCUGCUCUGCACCUUACAGAGGACAGUGGGCAUUAACACUAAAGACUUGGAUAAGUUCUUUCAGAAAAAAAAGCCACAUAACCAUGUGUAACCCCAGCAAUGCCCAAACUUGUUUACUGUUUUAAAAUAUCUGCUGAAUAUGGUUGUUUACCUGUAAUCCCACUGGGGAACAUGAGGCAGGAAGAUAUUUUAAGGCCAAACUAGACUACAUAGAUAGCAAGACCCUUAACAUUCCAUAAGAAAGUAUGGAAAACAAUUGUCCCUGAGUGCCACAGCCAGUGUGACACUUAAGUUAGCAGUUCUUCCCUUUCAUGUGCUAUGGACAGCUUGAUUCAAAUUUGGAACCACUCCAUUUACCAUGCAGACGUGUUCAUCCUGAGUCUGCAGCUUGUAUCACAUGUUGGGUUUCUUAAACAUAUUGGUAUUUUUUAGGUAGAACUUCUAUUCUUUUUUCUCUUAAUGGAUGACUAAAAAGUCUUGGACAAAGUUACCGGAAGAAUACGAGACUAGUGACUUGCUGUUAUGGCUCCAUGGAGAACCAAUCAGCUUUAAUUCAUUCUUCCAUGGCUACUGAACAUUUUCUAAGUACUUUUAUUGAGGACACCAAAGUUGAAGCCAUCUCAAAUUAAAUCCACAGGGAGAGAGAAAAGCAAACCAUUCACAAGUUAGCGUUUUGUUUUGAUGAGGAAACCAUUUUAGAGCCCCAUGAAACAUCUGGUCAUCUGCAGAGAGAACCCAGGGGCCUAAGCUAAGCAGAAAUGUAUGUCCUUGUGUCAGGGAAUUGGCUUAUGUAGCACAGUAAGUUUCUACUUUAUGCAAAUAAGUCUUCAAAGAUCCUUAUAUAAUUCUGGGUAUACUUUUUCCUUAGCUAGUUUGUACUCAGGGAAUACAAAUUUAAUACUUGAGAUAAAAGGAAAUAUAAUUGGGAAAUAAUCAUAAACAACCAAAUCAGAUUUUUUUAUACUGCUUUAUCUACUAAUGUGUAUGCAUGCUCAGUUAAUGUGGGCUCCACAUUGAUGUUUAUAAGAUUUAACAUCCUGGAACAUGCCUACCACAGACACUGUAGUUCUGUCUUCUGUCCACUGGUUAAUAAGUUAAACUCCUGGUGUGGAGUCUCGUAUCUAAAUUUGAGAUCUGCUCAUAAACCAGACGGUUUGUGUUUGGUUUAAAGGUCUGAAACUCUUCAGUCUGACAUAGCUCUACCUGUUACCUUUCCUUUAGUUACUCCACAGCUUUCAAGUAGGGAGCAGGGCUUUAAUAGUUCUCAGCAACUCUGUUGAAAAGUUUGGGUGAAGGCUGUGUUCAUCUCUUAGUAAGUUUCCAAAUCCAAAUCUUGGAUUUGGCCUCAAUUUUGAGAUCCUAAAAUGCAAGGGAUAGGGAAAAGAGCUAGUUUCCCUUUGAACUUGAACGUUCUGCCUUGUUUAUUUCUUCAGAGAAUUUGUGUUAGUGUCUACUCUUUAUGUAUUUGCGCUUUUAAUAUCAGUAUGAAUGUUCUUUCUUAAUUUAAGGCAUUUCAAAGGUAUAUACACCUAUAUUAUUAUAAGCACAGCUACUUGGACUACUGGAAUGCAAAUGGCAAAAAUCAUCAGCAAAUCUAAAGCAUCACAUGAAUUUAACAUUAAUCAGAAAAUGGCUAAUAUAUAGUGGUGGCAGUGCUAACACACUUUCUUCCAGUAACCAGUCCAGUGAGCAGGAACAGCAGUCUCUCCAUAAGUCAUGAGUGCCAUACAUGGAUUCAGUAGUGACCAAGCGUCCUUUGUGACACUUCACCUUUCUUUUGGGCUGAACAGUUUGAGUUUGUGAAAAUCUGAUAGGCAAGUAAUAAAAAUAAACACUGGUGUAUUGCUUAUAAGUCCUUGAGUGACAUACAGUAGUUGUGAUCGAAUAUAUCUAGUUUAAUUAUAACAGCUAGUUGAUUGCACUAACUAGAUGUAAUUAUGUAAAAUAUUUAUGAUUAUAUUGAUUUUUAUAAGUAUUUAUAAGUUAUUGAGGGUGCUUAAAAUCCAGAAAAAUCUCUAGAACAUAAUUUUUUCUUCAAUUUUAUUUAUGUGAUUUUGGGAUGUGGGGAGUUUUGUACUGGGGAUUAAACCCAGGACUUCACAUACAUGAAGCAAGUGCUUGUCUACUGACCCAAGUCCCCUCCUUAUUUAUGUAAUUCUGAACAUACAGUCUCUUCCUGUAAAGGAGAACUAGCCCAGCCCCUAUCUAAGUGAUCAUAGUUUGUGAUUGUUAAAUGAAAUAGGCUUAUCUAAAUUUCAUAUUGGUAAUUUUUUAUUUUGUGCAUAAAUGAUAUGACACUAUUUUCAUAGAGUGUAUCUCUAUGAAUUACCUAAUCACAAUUGGCUUGAUAGAAAUUCUCUCAAACCUUUUAAAACUUGGAAAUGUAACUUAAGUUAGUGAGUUUUAAACCAUUCAUAUAUGUAUAUUUAGAUAUACAUAUAUGUUAUUUAAAAACAAGCCGCUUCUUUGCCAGCCUUUCCUUGAAUAUUUAUCAUGCAGUUGAUGCCACCAAACAGUUACACCAUGAGGAACAGGAACCACAGUCUAGACUGGAUUAAGUUUUGAUUAAACUUCUUCUGCCAUAACCUGAUAAGAAUCAGGUCCUAUCUAGAAGUUACCUGUAUUUUGUGAGCCAAUGUUAAUGUUUACUGCCAGCCUUGCAUAACAAUGCUGUUUGUGACUGCAUGUGACUUUUGGUAACUAUAGUUUAUGUUUAAAAGCAGUUCAAAUUUUAUAGCGGCAUUCAUGAUAAUUUGGACAAGCAGGGUGGGUAAAUUCAAUUAUAUUUAAAGUGCAAUUAAGGAAAUUCUAGGGUAUAAUAUUCUCUCCAGUUAAAAAAGUUAAGGAUUUAUAGAAUGUCCUAGAAUGAAGAAAACUUUGGACAUAGACUUUUUUAAAAACAAGGUUUAUACAGUGAUUUUUUUUUUAAAAUUCAAGAUUUGCUACUUUUUGUUAAAGCUUCAAAGUGAAUUGCAUUGUUAUUUCUCUCCUGCUAAUCUAAAUGUGAAUUUUCACAGCUGAAAGUCUCUUGUAAAUAAGUUUUGUUACCAAAUGAAGACCAUUUUUUGAGAUGGAGAACAUUUUCCUAGAAUGGAAGAGACAUAGACCCACUGUCUACACAAAGAAAGAAACAGUACCUGGUGCCUUCUCAAAUAAUUGCAGAGUAAAAGCAAACACACUUUCAAACUCCAUUUUCUUUCGAGUUCCCUGUUUCCUUGUGACCUGCCCCACAAAGUCAUGUGGUUUGCUUCUGCCUUUUUCAAUUCCACUUGACCAAACUUCACACCAUCACCCCGGCAGUUGUUCACUGAAUAGAGUUUCUGUUUCAUUUAUUUCACUUUUUAAAGCCACCUGGGCAAAUAUUUGGCUGCCUUCUUGUGCUUUUAAAAUGAAUGCAAUUACUAGCAAUCUUUAUAUUUUAAAGUUUGUAAAGGAAAGAAACGCAGAGCUAAAGAUCUAAUCUAAUUGAAAUCCAAUUCCCCAUUUGCUACUAUAGCAGCACAAGUUAUGUAACCUUGUGUAGUUUUCUCUUGUACAAAAUGUGGAUAAUAACCUACCUCACAGAUGUGUGUGAGAAGUCGUUUGAAAGCCCGGAAGUAGGGGUUUAUAGUCCCAUAUUCAACGUCAAUCUUUGCUGUUGUACUAGACAUCUUUGAUACUGGUAGGAUGAGUACCUUGUUUUUAGAUGUUGUAUGUAAUAAGAGCCUAGUGCUGAGAAUGUUUAAGAUAGUUUCACAAAUUAUAGUGUUCUUAUUGUAAGACACUUAAAAUUUCUUGGAAACCUCAAAUAUUUAAAUAUCAAGCCUGUCUUUUGUUUCAAUAAAUAUUUUAUUCAGAAUGUUGGCUGAAGCUGCCUUAAUGUACCAAAAUACAGCUUUCUGUCAAGGCUGUUCAAAAAUACCCAUGGUUAUACUGUUUUGAGUGUUGACGGUGAAGCUAUCAUAACUAUGACCUUGAAGGAUAGUAUUUUGGUAUUAUUUUGGGAGUAAUGGUUGUGUUUUUAUCAUGUUUAAUGAUUAUACAGUGAUUCUUGAGUGUAAACAAUAAAAUUGAAAGUUGGCAGAUACUAGGUUAUGGGUAUGAUCAUAACAUAAUGUAUUAUUGGAUAGUAAUUAUUUGAUUUUUUUUCAGGAACACCAUGCAUUCAUUCUCAACCUGUAAUGUAGUCCCAUAAUGUAUUAACUCAUUGGUGCAGUGCUAGAGUAUGUCUCUAUUUAAGACAUUGUUAAAUUGACGAAAUGGGACUACAUUUUAUAGUUGGUUUCAGAACAGAAGACAACAGACUCACAGUGAUUUUGUUUAAAUAACUAUAGAUUCUACUUUCAGUUUUAUUUGUUAUGCAUUUUGUGAGUUAAAUGAUUGUUGGGAAGGAUUUAUCUUCAGUAACCAUGUAGAAAAGUUUAGUGAAUUGCAAAGCGUUUCAUAUUUGCAGGUUCUGUCUAAUUAAUGUUUGCACUGUAUGGAACUCAUUGGCAACAAAUGCAAGAGAAAAAGUGCCCUAUCUGAUUGUGUGUCUGCAUUUUCCACAAAAUCAAAUUAAAAUCUGGUCAAUUUGAAAGCUAUUUUUGUUUCUGUUCAGUCAUUAACCUAAUGUUCUGUGUUUCAGCUAAUAAUUCCUGAGAAAGCUGUCUUAGAAAUUGCUUAUGACUCAUUGGAGAUUUCCCACCAUUGUUGUACACUUUUGUCUUUGUUACUGUACACUGUAUUUUUAACCUGAGUCAUAUUUAAGUGUUCUAUUUUUUAUGACAAAUUGCCACAAUUUUAAGGACUUAGCACAGAUGUAUUAUUUUAUUCUUUGGAAAUGCCACAGGUAUACUUGGAUUUUCUCAGGUUACUAAACACGUCUUCUACUACUGCUACACAUUUACUAUUAAUAUUGUUAAUUACUAUUAUUACUACUAAUAGUAGUAGUAAUACAACAACUACUGCUAGUAGUAUUUCUUCUUCUUUCCCCUUUUCCUGAUCCCUAUAUUUUCUCCUUCCCCUUCUCCUCCUAUUGUAUUUUUGUUUUGUUUUGUUUUUGAGACAGGGUCUCAUGUAACCCAGGUUUACCUCAGACUCACUAUGGAGCUAAGGGUGAUCUCAAACUUCUGAUCUUUCUGUGUCUACCUCCCAAGUGUUGGGAUUAGAGGCAUGUACUGUUAUUCUCAUUUUAUGCCAUGGUGGGUAUGCAUACAAGGUAAGCAGUCUAUUACCUAAGUGGUUUGUCAUAUAUAUAUAUAUAGUUGUUUAUAGGUUUGUCAUAUGCAAUCUUUAUUAGUUUGUAGAAUGUUCUAUCCCUAAAUUCUCAAGACUUUAAUUUGAAAACACAUUAAAUUUUGUUGUCUUUUCUGCAUCUAUUGAAAUGAUCAUGUGAUUUCUGUCCUUACAAUGAUUUAUCUUGGUGAACAUCUUUACUGUUAGUUAAAUGGAAGCAAUGGGGCUUCAGUUAGUUUUAAACUCUCACCAUCAAUUACAGUUUUAUUCAUUUAUGAUAGGGGUUUGAAUGAGAUGGCUCUCUGUAGGCUCAGAUAUUUUGAACCCUUGUUCCUCAAUUGGUGGACUAUUUGGGGAGGUUUAGGAGUGGACUUGCAGAAGGAAGUAUGUCACAGGCUUUGAUAUGUAUAGCUUUGCCUACUUCUAAGUUUACAUUCUCUGCUUCAUGUUUGCAGUCCAAGAUGUGAAUUCUCAACUUUCUGCUCCUGCAGCCAUGUCUACUGCUUGCUGCUAUGCCUCUUCAUGAUGGCCUCUUGUCCCUCUGGAAUGGUCAUGUUUUAGCAACAAUAGAAAAGUAACUGGUACAGAAGUUGGUACCAAGAGUGGGACCUGUUUUGAAGAACCUAGUCAUGUUGGAUUAUUUGAAGAUUGUCUAUAUUUGGACAUUCUUUUUCAGCAACAGAAUAGUAAGCAAUACACUUAUCCAUGUGUACCCUGGAACUGGAGUUACAGAUGGUUGUGAGCUUUUAUAUAGGUGACGAGAAUCAAGUUCAGGUCUUCCAAAAGAGCAGUCAGUGUUUGCAACUAUUGAGCGAUAUCAGUAGCCCCAUUCCAGUGACACAGGUUAAAACACAUUGAGUUAAUAAUAUACAUAAUUAUGGGUAAAUAUAUAAAAAAUUAAACUAGUAAAAAAUUAACAAGACAAAAACAAAAAUGCAACAAAACACAAAAAGACACAGGAUGAAAACAUAUACUAACCAACAAAGCAAAACAAACACAAGGAGGAUAACUCUUAACCCUGUCUAGCCCUCACUAGCAAAUGUUUCUAGUCCAUCCAUGUUCAGUUCCCAGGAGCUGAGGGCUGUGUGCUUCAUUUCCAAUGAAGUUCAUUUACAUGAACUCCAACUAUGAGGAUUAGAGCUAUCAGGUGCUUAUUCACAGGUGGAGUGACUGCAGUGCUCUGGCCUUGCUUAGGUGACAGCAGGACUGUGGGCAUGGCUGAAGCCUCGGUGAGGGUGAUGAUCUCCCAGGUGAUGGGGAGUAGAGGGGGAGCCUUGGCAGCACAUGCUAACCUCUAGCAUGAUUGGCCAGGGAAAGCCUUGGGAAAUAAGCGAUGACUUCUGAGGUGAUAUGGCUACAACCUUGGGGUACUCAUGCCAAUACUGAGAUGAAUGGUGGGACCAACACCUUGGGCUAAAUUUUCAGUUUUAUAGCCACACUGUUCCCACUGUAGAUUUUCAGAAUAUAGCACAGGUUCUGGCAUUUGGGUUCUAAACAUCCUGAAAUUCCUCCCCCCC